AGUCGCCAAGUCCCUCUUUUUCUCUCAUUCUGCAAAUUUAAGCUUUCUCAAUCAAACCUAUUGCUGCCAUCGAUGGAAAAUGAAGAAGAAGCAGCUCUCUCGUCUAGCCCUAAUCCCCUAGAUGUGGACCCAGCCCUCCAAAAGAAGCACCAAUCAAUGCUCGACCGUCUCACCGACCGUCACCAAACUCGCUUAGGCAGCUCACUCACCCGCCGAUCCGCGGAGUCCGACUCGUCCUCUUCUCCUUCCUUUGAGUCCACAUCAACCUUCCUUUCCCGCUUUUCCAACUCCAAGAGCUCCAUCGAGUCUCAACUAGCUCAAUGUCGACUCGGACUCUCUGACUCGACUCAAGUCAAACCCCAGCUCGACCAAAUCUCCUCCUCCAUCUCCGAUCUCGAGAAGCUCGUCGCCGAGAACUCGUAUUUUUUACCCUCGUACGAAGUUCGGUCCUCGCUGAAAACGAUAUCAGAUUUGAGGCAAAGUCUCGAGAUUUUGAGCUCCGAGUUAUUACCCAAGAAGAAAUUCGCUUUCAAGAACAAACCCACCAGAAAAGACCCAAUCUUCGAAUCCAAAGAGCAGGAGGAAGAGAAGAAACCUGAGAAACCGGGUUUCAGGGUUCCGCAGUCCCCUGGUUUUUGGAACAAGAAAGGCGAGCUUUUGGUGCAUAAAUUUAAGGGAUCGGAAUUGGGAGAAUUUACGAUUGCGGACCUUGAUUCCUGUGAGGUGAGGCUAACAGGUUCUGUGAGAGCGCUUUUUGUUCAUAGAUUAAGGAACUGUAGGGUUUAUACGGGCCCUGUAACGGGUUCAGUUCUAAUUGAUGGGGUUGAAGGAUGUGUUUUUAUAAUGGCGUCUCAUCAAAUUCGGAUUCACAAUGCAAAAAGGAGUGAUUUUUAUUUGAGGGUGAGGAGCCGGCCUAUAAUUGAGGACAGUUGCGGCGUGAGGUUUGCGCCAUACUGUUUGAGUUAUCAAGGGAUUGAGGACGAGCUUAGGGAGGCCAGUCUUGAUGAGGAGACGGAGAAUUGGAGCAAUGUGGAUGAUUUCCUCUGGUUGCGGGCGGUUCAGUCGCCAAAUUGGUCGGUUUUGCCGGAGGAUGAGAGAGUUGGUCUAGUUGAUAUUUCAAGUUCCGAGGAGAGUUAGGCUGUUACCCAUUUUGUUUGUUACUAGUGUGUGCUUGGAGUAAAAGCUGCCAAGAUGAUUAUGAUGUUGCCAUGUGAAAUUGUGGGAACUUGGUGGAUGAGAUUCAUGCUGGAUGGGGUAGUGAGGAAAAGACACGAAGGCCAAUCUCAUUGCUCAUUUGAAAUGUCUGUUUGAAAUACAUUAUUUUGAACUAUAUUGCUCUGUUCUGGAGAUAGGGGACCUUCAUUUGUAAAAAAAUUCCUUUGCUGUGAGUUUUAUGCCCUGGAAUCUGGAUUUUCUGUUGGGUAGGUUGUUCAUUGACUGAUAUUUUAGACAUGUAAACAUGAAGCAUAAAAUUAUAAAGUUUUCUUUUUUGACACACUAAGCUGAUUACUUAGGUGAGGUAUAGUUUGAAUCCUGGUGGUUGAUCAGUAGCCCAAAAUAACAAAUAGAUGUAAAGCAAUGGGGAAGGAAAUCAAAAGCCAA